AUGGGCUCGCGGUUCAAUCCCUACGACAACAAUGGAGGGUGAGGAGCUCCGCCACUUCUUCCUCCGAAAACCUAGAAGAUCGGGAGACGGGGGUUGAUCUGGUUUUGAUGAUGUUUGGCUGUUGCUGUUGUUGUUGUUGUUGAUGGUGGUGGUGGUAAUGGUGAUUGCGACGGUGUUUUUGAUUUUCAGGACAUGCGUAGCAAUUGCAGGUGUGGACUACUGCGUGGUGGCAGCGGACACGCGGAUGUCCACGGGCUACAGCAUCCUCACCCGGGACUACUCCAAGAUCUGCCAGCUGUGAGGGUUCUCCUACAGUCCAUUAUUUCCUCAGUCACUCGCUCACUCGCUCACUCGCUCACUCGCUUUUUUUUUGCUGUCCCGCCGACCUCGUUAUCGCCUCAUUGUGAUUUGUAGUCGUACUGUCGCUGCUUGUCCAUAAGUGCGUGUAAUCUAGUCUGUGAUAUUUCAUUUUUUUUAUGUCACGGAAGUGUGACAAUAGAGUUAUGAAUUCGUGAGCUAUAGAGGUGUCGAUAGUCAUAGUGCCUGGAUCUAUCAGAGUUAUACUGAUUUUGCAUAUUUCAUCGUCAUUGUAUAUUGCUGACUAAUGUUGGACAUUUUUAUUGGUCUGUACUUUACAAUACACAAUUCAUCCCUUCUUUUGUAUCAUUCUUUAUUUUUUGUCAAAAUUUAUAAUUCAUCCUUGCAGUGCUGACAAGAGUGUGUUGGCGUCCUCUGGCUUUCAAGCUGAUGUAAAGGCUCUGCAGAAGAAUUUGUCUGCAAAGCAUCUGGUGAGGUUUCAGAUAAUGUCGACGAUGUGUACAGCCUCUCGCUGCUUUCUUACGAUAUGUGAAUGUUAUCUAUGUUAUCUCUAAAUUAAUUAUUUAAGAUGGGUAUAAAUGCACUGCGAAAAUGUCAUAAAUUCAAGAUUCUUAGCAAAUGUAUUGUUUUUCUAUUGAACAUAGUUCUUCUGCUUGUUCUAGCAUCCCUCACACUCCCUAUGAUUCUUCUCCCCACACUUUUUUUCUUAUUAAUUAUGAUAUUCUUACAGUGCUAGUACAAAUAAAGUAGAUAGAGCUUCCUGAUAAAUAAAUAAAUAAUGUAUAUAUAUGUAUAUUCAGACCUCCUUUUAGUUAUGGUAGCAGCAAAAAAGUUUGUAGACUUCGAAAUCAACUCCAAAUCCUGAUAUCCUUGGAAAUUAUUUCCUUGAUGUUGUUCUAAUUCUCGGAUACCCCUCAGAUGAACUUGAAAGAGAAAUCAUGUACUUUUCAUGCCCGACAGCUCAAAUAAUUGUGCCCGCUAUAUAGCAAUGGAGUCUCAAUUUUUUGGGGAGCAUAGUACUGGAUCGUUUUUGUUAAUCCUAGACUGUGGGUGGUUUUAGAGGGCAAUUGAAGUAAGAAAAGAUACACAAUUAAUAUAGAUAAGUAGCAUCAACUAUUAGUAGAAGUAUCAGAGAUGAAAAUAGAAUACAGCAUAUACAUGAAUUGUUUAAUACAACAUAGUUUCUCAAUCCUCACAGCAUCUUUAAAGCCAACCCAAUGAGUAAUAUCUUGAAUUCGUGAUCUCCAAGUUUCUUCUGUGUAUCAUUAAAGCCAUGCGAAUGACUAUUGUCUUGUAUAGCUUAAAUCAUCUCCAAGUCUUUCUGUGCAAGUUGAUCCAUGCGACACUUUUGCAUACAUCUCAUUUUUAUGAUAAUGAAAAAGAUUGAACAACAUUGAAACAACCAAAGUGGUCAAAGUCUAGAGAAAAAAACCCAUGAAAUAUUGUAAGUUUCGGAUGUCAGGUGCUUUUUAGUGAUGCUCCAAAUGAAGGCCUUUUGAGAUGACCUAAAACAAUAGACAUUGGUAUCAUUCGUGUUCUUGUGAAUAUCGAUGGAACACUGUCACUGUGAAAUCGUCCGAAAAUCGUAGAUACUAUUUUACUUAAUGUCCACAGUACAUACGAUGGGUAGCUCUCUUUGCCACUGCCAUACAUGCUUCUGCGAUGACUAGUUUAGAUUCUUCUUUGGGGUUCAUAAGCUGAGAGACACAUCUUUUUAUUUUCGUAAGGUUUCUAGAUGGCUCCUUUUCCUUGACUUUAGGUCGAUAAUUUUUGUUGCGUUCCUUUAACCACCCUCACUUUUGAGAAUACACGAUGCUAUUUCUAGAAAGAGAGACAUUAAAUUACUCCGGAAUUGUCCACUCCAGAUCUACCAGCACCAGCACAACAAGCAGAUGAGCUGCCCCGCCAUGGCCCAGCUCCUCUCCAACACACUGUACUACAAGCGUUUCUUCCCCUACUAUGCCUUCAACGUCCUGGGAGGCCUGGACAGUGAAGGUAAGUCAACCCCCCCUCCAACAUACACAGACAGACAUUGUGAGUGUCGAGCAUUGAACGAGCCAGCCUCACCAGCCUGUGGUUUUUCUUUCUAUAUUUGGCAGGGAAGGGCUGCGUCUUCACCUAUGAUGCUGUGGGGUCGUAUGAGAGGGUGGGGUACAGCACCCAGGGCACAGGCUCGACCCUGAUCAUCCCCGUCCUGGACAACCAGCUUAAGUCCCCUAGCCCGCUCCUGCUUCCCGCUAAGGUGAGGAGAGGGAUUCCCCAGGAGGGGGCCCUUAGAAUCCUCUCUCUCUCCCUCUCACUAGAUCUCUGAAAAUUUGACUGUGGUCGAAUAGUGAUCCCAGAGCUGUUGGGACAGUGAUGCCGUGAGGGAGGCCCCUUAGAAUUCCCCAGAUCUCAUCUUCUGAAUGAGCAUGAUGUGUGUGUUGUGCAGGAUGCUGUGACGCCACUGUCGGAGGGCGAGGCAGUUGACCUGGUCAAGGAUGUCUUUGCAUCUGCCACCGAGAGGGACAUAUACACGGUACUCUCUCUCUCUCUCUCUCUCUCUCUCUCUACUUGCUGACACACGCUUACUGGGUUGUCUCCAGGGCGAUCAAGUGGAGAUAGUCAUCAUAAAUGCGUCGGGCAUCAAACGGGAGUACGUCCAGCUCCGGAGAGACUAG